UUGUGACUAGAGCUACUCCCUCCAACUUAAGUAAGGCUUUCUACUGAUACAUGUAGCCAUACUGAGAUUUUGCUGACUCUGGAAGCAAGACUAACAGAAAAAAUGUGUACAGUUUCAUACGAGUCUAGUCUGUGUUGUUGCUGGGAAAAGGAGGGAUAGUCACAUCGUAGGAAAUAGGAAUGACGUUGUGUUCAGGAAUUAGUUGUAAAGGGUGAUGUUUUCUGCCGUUCAAGCAAUCCAUUCAGGUAGACAGAGCCAGAAAGCCUUGCAGGUCUAUUACUUCCUUUUGUUAAAAAUAAGAAUGCAAAAGGCAUAUUCUUACACAUCAAAGAGAGAUGAAAGGUAUUUGCUAUUUAUAUAUAUUUUUCAUCAGCAGAAGAAAUAAAAGUUUUCCAAAAAAUGAAGUACCGUGGGAGAAAAAACUCAGCCUACCUCCAAACUCAAAAAAUCUCUGGGAUUGGCUACUUCUGUUUCUUCAGAAUGAGCUCAGAUCACCUUUUCCAGCUAAGUACUAAGAGGAAAGGAGAAGUGAAAGGUUUUUCUAAUGUCUGCCCUAACUUCUGUAAUUAAUAGAAGGGAUAAUUUACUAGUUACUCAGCUGAAUUAUAUACUAGCAAGACCAACAUAACAUUAGUAACUUGGGAGGAACAAGAAAGAGUUUGUACUUGGGUAAAUGUUUAUCUCCCAGCAAGAAACAUCUGAGUCACCAAAACAAGAAAGUCAGUCACUUAUACCAGGCAGCCAGGUGGCAGCUUUUGUCUCUUUGGUUUUUUGUUAAAUAGCAAGAUGAAUUAAGGGAUGGUUGAUCUUGUUAGGUGUCUGGCGCUUUGGAAGGGUUGUGUCCCAAAAUGUUUAUAUUAGUUCUGCUAGUCAUUUUAUAAAACUUUGUUUAUCUGGCAGGAAGAAUGAGGCAGCAUUUUACACAUGUCGUGCCAGCUCUACAACUGCACCAAGUGGCAGAAUAAUCGGGCACUUGGGAGUAAUUGCCUGGUUAGUUGUGCCGACUUUGUGGCAGACAAAACCACCAGAGUUUUGAGCAAAUGGAAGCAUAUAAAAUUAAGAAAGAGUAUUUUUUUCUUAUGUUGCUCCCAUCUUGAGUGACUGCACCUGGGCACUGGUCCACAGCAGCAUCAUUUUCACACUGGGCCACUGAGUCUGGCCCAGAUGUGAUAGAUUUAAGGGAUUGUGUGGAUAGACAUUAAGGAUAAAUGUAGCAAUCAUGAGAAAUGUGUUCUCUUACAGUAGCAAAUUUUUGUUGCUAUUUCUGUGUUGUUUAGGAGAGAAAGACAGAAAAACAGUUACUGCACUGUUGGUUGGUUUAGAGGAUUAUGCCAUUACCUAGUAAACAUGUUUUGGUUUUUUUUUUUGUCCUAGGUGCUACAGGGACUACUAAAGAUGUAGCAGAAGAAUCCAUAUCAGAUGAUGACAAAAGGAGGAACUAUGGAGGGGUGUACGUGGGCCUGCCAUCGGAUGCGGCUGCCAUGGCUCCCAGUCAGACGAAAGCUGCACCCAAAGGUACUGGCAGAAGGAAAUAAAGACAUCAAGAUGCAAACAAACCAAGUCUAUUAAGAACAGUUGCCAGUGCUUUGGAGAGAGCUGUCUUUGUGCUGAAGAUUUUGAUAUUUACACAGCCUUCCAGAGAGCAAGAGAGAUCAGAGCACCAAAAAAUCCAAACUGUUCCAAGUUCCAACUACGGGUAAAGCUUAAAGUAUAGCGUUGAAUUUGUUUCCAAUGAUAGUUCCAUUAUGGAAACCUCCUGCUGUUCUCCAGUGAAAGAUGAAAUUAGUGAACUCAUGGUGGAUGUUUCUGCACAAGAGCUAACUUUGAUGAUCUGCAACUUAUUUCUCUGUGGCCAUAUUGCAGAUUCCAUCAGCUAUCAGCUAUGCUUCAUAUAUUUCCUCAAAAAAAGUUUGAUAGAUUUUAUAUAGAAAACUAUCACUACUGUCCAUUAAAUAGUUUCUAUGGUAGAUUCCUGUAAAUUAAUUGUUAUUUUACUUCAGAGUAAUAUAUUUGACAGGUUUGCAUCUUUUGGGGAAUAUUGCAAAUUUUCAUAAUUUUGCUGUGAAAUAUUAAGAAUAGGAUGAAACAAGCUUAAGACCUUAAGGUUCUUUAUAAUUAUUACUGUUCCUUUUAUACCAUGAGACAAAUAUUAGUGUUUAAUUUUCACCUUGUAAAAAGAUGUUGCUCAAGGAAAUUGAUUCAAAUCAGAACGAUAUACUUAAUUUUAUUAUUUACAUGUCUGUUUAUAUUUUAGUUUAGCUAUAUCUUUUAUAAAGUAUUACAUGUAAAAAAAUACAAACAAAAUAAACUAUUAUGUGUUCCAUUCCAUGUAAUAAUAAUAAUAUGUCCUUGCAUAAGGAUGAAGUGAUAGUAUUUUCAGAGAUAGUGGGACUAAACUCCAGUGCUGCACCCUCCUGACCUGUACAGUAUUUUUGAUCACUAUUAGAGUUUUAUAUCCCUGUCUCAUCUGAAAGCAGCUCCAGUAUGGCAAAUUGAAACAGAAUGAGUAUUAUUACUACUUUAGCAAAUUGUUCAGGUUUUAAAAUUCAUUAAGUUAAUAGCAAUUGUAAGUUUCACAUAGAACAUAAAACAGAUUGUACAUUUACAGAUGGCUCAAUAAGUAUUUAAACUACUAAAGCCUUUUGCAUUA